AAAUGUUCAAAUAAUUAAAUGAGUUACAGAAAUAAUCCCAGAAAAAGUAUUAACAAGUUGUUUUGAAAAUGCAGGCGGUUACAACAAAGUCAUUCUCUAGUUUAAUUAGAGCGCGACUAACAGACUUCUUCCCUCGGCAACAUUACGUGACUCGCAAGAGGUUUUACCGGAACACUGGCAUCGUCCAAAGCGACAGUAAGUGGGAGGUAACGCUGGACCAUCGACGGCUGAAGACGCCGAACGGCCGCGUGCUGUCGGUGAGCAGCGAGCCACUGGCGCGCGCCAUUGCCGCCGAGUGGGAUGCGCAAGUGGAACACAUCACACAGCCCACUAUGCACUUGACAGCUUUAUGCAACACAGCCAUAGACAACCCUGGGAAGUUGACUUCACAUGACAUUGCCAGCUACUUACUCGACUUCCUGCCUACAGACACACUCCUGUUUCAUUCAGAGGAAGAAGACGAAUUAAGAGCACUGCAAGCAGAAAAAUGGACACCAGUACUAGAAUGGUUUCAAAAGAGAUUCAAUGUUACCCAAGAGACAUCCAAGGGUUUGUCACUGCCUCCUGUAGCUACCGAGACCCGGGCAGUCCUGGCACGAUAUUUCCUGUCAUUUGACUUCCCUGCACUUAAUGCUAUUUGUUUCGGUAUGGAAGCGCUGAAGUCCCCGUUGCUGAUGAUAGCGUGCGUGGAGCGCCAUAUAGAGCCGAAUGAGGCAGUGUUACUGUCUCGCCUCGAAGAAGAGUACCAGUUGUCCCGAUGGGGCCGCGUGCCGUGGGCGCACGAGCUGAGCCGUGAGCUGACGGCGCGCUUGGCGGCCGCGCUGCUCGUCGUCAGCGGCGCCGGCGAGUCGCACUCCGCGCGCGCCAAGUCCAACCCGCCCGAGACCGCCUAGCCCCAUGAUAUACAUGGAAUUGUCAAGUGAAAACGUAUAUAGUGUUAGGAUUUCUUCAAAAGUGGUUGCUAGACGCGCACUCGCCAAGUUAAGUCCACCCCACCCGAAACCGCCUAGCCUCAUGACUACACGGACUUAUCAAGUGGAAGGUGAAUGAAUCUAGUGAAUUCUUCAAAAGUGGUUGCUACAGUUUGUAAGAGGUAUCCUUUAUCUAUCACUUGUAC